CGAGACUCACUACCAUAAAAUGUCUGGGAUGUUCAUUCUCUGUUUGUGCGCAUGUGCGGUUAUGACGUCAGCGACCAUGUAUUCAAGUUACAAUUAUUAUCCGCCACCUGAAUACUCAAUAUGGUCAGAAAUCAAGGGAAUCCCUAUGACUGGCUAUCAACGUUACAGAAGAUCUAUCAUAAUGCCUCCGCCAAGCUACCACUAUGGAACAUAUGGAAGUGGAGGCUUUGGUGGGAUGGUGAAAGGCAGUGCAGGCAUUGGUGGGAUGACAGCAGGCAGUGGAGGCUUUGGUGGGAUGGUGAAAGGCAGCGCAGGCAUUGGUGGGAUGGUGAAAGGCAUCGCACCUAUUGGUGGGAUAAUGCCAGCCAGUGGAGGCUUUGGUGGAAUGGUGAAAGGCAGUGCAGGCAUUGGUGGGAUGACGACAGGCAGUGGCGGCUUCGGUGGGAUGGUGAAAGGCAGUGGCGGCUUCGGUGGGAUGGUGAAAGGCAUUGCACCUUAUGGGGGGAUAAUGGCAGGCAGUGGAGGCUUUGGUGGAAUGGUGAAAGGCAGUGCAGGCAUUGGUGGGAUGGUGAAAGGCAUUGCACCUAUUGGUGGGAUAAUGGCAGGCAGUGGAGGUUUUGGUGGAAUGGUGAAAGGCAGUGCAGGCAUUGGUGGGAUGACAGCAGGCAGUGGAGGCUUUGGUGGGAUGGUGAAAGGCAGUGCAGGUAUUGGUGGGAUGGUGAAAGGCAUUGCACCUUAUGGGGGGAUAAUGGCAGGCAGUGGAGGCUUUGGUGGAAUGGUGAAAGGCAGUGCAGGCAUUGGUGGGAUGACGACAGGCAGUGGAGGCUUUGGUGGGAUGGUGAAAGGCAGUGCAGGCAUUGGUGGGAUGGUGAAAGGCAUUGCACCUAUUGGUGGGAUAAUGGCAGGCAGUGGAGGUUUUGGUGGAAUGGUGAAAGGCAGUGCAGGCAUUGGUGGGAUGACAGCAGGCAGUGGAGGCUUUGGUGGGAUGGUGAAAGGCAGUGCAGGCAUUGGUGGGAUGGUGAAAGGCAUGGCACCUAUUGGUGGGAUAAUGGCAGGCAGUGGAGGCUUUGGUGGAAUGGUGAAAGGUAGUGCAGGCAUUGGUGGGAUGACAGCAGGCAGUGGAGGCUUUCGUGGGAUGGUGAAAGGCAGUGCAGGCAUUGGUGGGAUGGUGAAAGGCAUUGCACCUUAUGGUGGAAUAAUGGCAGGCAGUGGAGGCUUUGGUGGGAUGGUGAAAGGCAGUGCAGCCAUUGGUGGGGUGUCAAACUGUGGCGGACCUAAAAUAUGCCCAUAAAAGAGGAUACACCCCCAUGUGAAAGUUAAAACUCGGGUUUUGAACAAUAUUAAUAAAUUCGAAGAAUGCACAAUUUCAUAGCAAACUUCUUUUUUAAUGUAAUAAACUAAUUUUCUGUUA